UGUGUGUGUGUGUGUGUGUGAAGUAUUUUCACUGGAAAGGAUUCAAAACUUAAAAAAAAAAAAAAAAACCUGGAGCACACAGGCAGCAUUACGCCAUUCUUCCUUCUUGGAAAAAUCCCUCAGCCUUAUACAAGCCUCCUUCAAGCCCUCAGUCAGUUGUGCAGGAGAAAGGGGGCGGUCGGCUUUCUCCUUUCAAGAACGAGUUAUUUUCAGCUGCUGACUGGAGACGGUGCACGUCUGGAUACGAGAGCAUUUCCACUAUGGGAUUGGAUACAAACACACACCCGGCAGACUUAAAGAGUCUCAGACUGAGGAGAAAGCCUUUCCUUCUGCUGCUACUGCUGCUGCCGCUGCUUUUGAGGGUCCACUCCUUUCAUGGUUUUUCCUGCCAAACCAGAGGCACCUUCGCUCCUGCCGCCGUUCUCUUUGGUGUCAUUCAGCGGCUGGCCAGAGGAUGAGACUCCCCAAACUCCUCACUUUCUUGCUUUGGCACCUGGCUUGGCUGGACCUGGAAUUCAUCUGCACUGUGUUGGGUGCCCCUGACUUGGGCCAGAGACCCCAGGGGGCCAGGCCAGGAUUGGCCAAAGCAGAAGCCAAGGAGAGGCCCCCUCUGGCCCGGAGCAUCUUUAGGCCAGGGGGUCACAGCUAUGGUGGGGGGGCCACCAAUGCCAGGGCAAAGGGGGGCACCGGGCAGACAGCAGGCCUGACACAGCCCAAGAAGGAUGAACCCAAAAAGCUGCCCCCCAGAUCGGGUGGCCCUGAACCCAAGCCAGGACACCCUUCCCAGACAAGGCAGGCUGCAACGCGGACUGUGACCCCAAAAGGACAGCUUCCUGGGGGUAAGUCACCCCCAAAGGCAGGAUCUGUCCCCAGCCCCUUCCUGCUGAAGAAGGCCAGGGAGACUGGGCCCCCUCAAGAGCCCAAGGAGCCGUUCCGCCCGCCCCCCAUCACACCCCACGAGUACAUGCUCUCGCUGUACAGGACGCUGUCCGAUGCUGACAGAAAGGGAGGCAACAGCAGCGUGAAGUUGGAGGCUGGCCUGGCCAACACCAUCACCAGCUUUAUUGACAAAGGGCAAGAUGACCGAAGUCCUGUGGUCAGAAAGCAGAGGUACGUGUUUGACAUUAGUGCCCUGGAGAAGGAUGGGCUGCUAGGGGCCGAGCUGCGGAUCUUGCGGAAGAAGCCCUCAGACGCGGCCAAGCCAGUGGCCCCCGGCAUCAGGCGGGCUGCCCAGCUGAAGCUGUCCAGCUGCCCCAGCGGCCGGCAGCCGGCAGCCUUGCUGGAUGUGCGCUCCGUGCCAGGCCUGGACGGAUCUGGCUGGGAGGUGUUCGACAUCUGGAAGCUCUUCCGAAACUUUAAGAACUCAGCCCAGCUGUGCCUGGAGCUGGAGGCCUGGGAACGGGGCCGGGCCAUGGACCUCCGUGGCCUGGGCUUCGACCGGGCUGCCAGGCAGGUCCACGAGAAGGCCCUGUUCCUGGUGUUUGGCCGCACCAAGAAACGGGACCUGUUCUUUAAUGAGAUUAAGGCCCGCUCCGGCCAGGAUGAUAAGACUGUGUAUGAGUACCUGUUCAGCCAGCGGCGAAAAAGGCGGGCCCCACUGGCCACGGGCCAGGGCAAACGGCCCAGCAAGAGCCCCAAGGCCCGCUGCAGUCGGAAGGCACUGCAUGUCAACUUCAAGGACAUGGGCUGGGAUGACUGGAUCAUCGCGCCCCUUGAGUAUGAGGCCUUCCACUGUGAAGGGCUAUGUGAGUUCCCCUUGCGCUCCCAUCUGGAGCCCACGAACCAUGCAGUCAUCCAGACCCUGAUGAACUCCAUGGACCCUGAGUCCACGCCACCGACCUGCUGUGUGCCCACACGACUGAGUCCCAUCAGCAUCCUCUUCAUUGACUCUGCCAACAACGUGGUCUAUAAGCAGUAUGAGGACAUGGUUGUGGAGUCUUGUGGCUGCAGGUAGCAGCACUAGCCUUCU